AUGGGUCUCGCCAGCAAAAUGAAGGAGGCUCAGGCCGCCGAAGCCGCCCGUCUCGCGCAAGGCGGAGCUGCCCCUCCCAUUCAGCAAGGGUAUGCGUCGCCUACCGGUCCUCCCCCAGCCUUCCAGCAACAACAGCAGCAGCAGCAGCAGCAGUUUGCCUCCCCCGUUGGACCGCCACCGGGCCACCCAGCCGCUGCAACCUCCGCUCAGCAGCACAGGCAGCAGACCGUCGAUCCCAAGCUAGUCGUGUUCAACCUCACCCACGCUGUCAAGGAUAAGCUCGAGCACUUCUACCCAGAUGCCCGUUCGAUUGACGCCAUCGCCCAGCGUGUAGUGCGCAGCGGGGCAGUCGAACAACUGGCGCGCUCCUGGAACCUCCCCCUUGAGGCUGCGACUGGCUUUUGCCGUCUCGCACUGUACGACACCGUUGUCCUCGCUGACGACUCUGGAAGCAUGAAGGCCGGUGACCGUAUCGAGGACCUCAAAGUAAUUCUCAGCAAGAUCGCCACUGCCUGCUCGCUCUUCGAUGACGACGGAAUCUCUUUGCGCGCCCUCAACACCAAAACGCAGGCCGAUGGUGUCAAGAACGAGGCGGGUGCGCACCAGUUUGUGUCCAACCUCGAGUACGUCUACGACACGCGCCUGGGCACUAUUCUCGAUGCCAAAAUCCUGCAGCCCAUGGUUGUUCAGCCAGCCAGGCGCAGGGCGCUGCAAAAGCCCGUUCUUGUUCUUGUCAUUACGGACGGCGCUCCCCAGGGUGAGCCCGCCAACAAGCUUGAGAAGGUCAUUGUCGACGCAAACAAGGAGCUCAAGGGAACCAAAUACGGCGGCGGCGCCGUGGCCUACCAAUUCGCACAGGUCGGCGACGACAAAGAAGCACAGGACUUCCUGUCGUCUUUGGACGACCACAAGAAGAUUGGGCACCUUGUCGACCAGACCAUGGGAUUCGAGUACGAGCAAGACGAGAUGAUGAGGAAGACGCGUGUGGCUCUGACGCCUGAGAUGUGGCUCAGGAAGAUGCUGCUCGGCGCCAUCGACUCGUCGCUCGACAGCCAGGACGAAGCGGAUAAACCCAAGCGCAAGGGCCUCUUUGGAAAGCUGCUCGCUUUGACUGGAGCGGGCUCAUCCUCCCGGCCUUUGUCCUCUGUGGAUACGUCUAGUGAGAGUGUCCCUACUCUGGCAGACAGGUCAGACCGUUCAGGCUCCAGUGCCCGCAAAGCCGUCGCUUUCGCACUAGUGGUGAGGGUAGCUGGCUUGCUUGCCAAUGGAGGACGUGAAGGACGAGCCAAGGCGGAGCGUUUUGGUUUGAGUCUGGGCGGCGGUAUCAGUGCACAGCCUACCGCUGCGGAUGCUGCCGCUGCGGCCACGGAGGCGCGACUCUUAGACAGUUUCCGAUGUGGAGGCGAAGUCCAAGAGACGAGGUUGCAGAGUAGUGGAUGA